AUCUCGCCACUUCCAUCUCAACAAUACCGCAAAAUCUCGACCUUCGCUCUUGGAGGAUCCUGGGCCGACGAGGUUGAAGACACCUAUGUUGUCGGCACCCAAGCUCUUCCUGCCACCGAGCGCCGUACCGGCUACGGCGCCGGCUCCAGCACUGGCUGGGGCAGCAACGAGCGCAGCUAUGCCCCGCGCGAGAACUUCGGUGGCCCUCCCAAGCUUCCCGAGAAGCCCCCCUACACCGCUCACCUCGGCAACCUUUCGUACGAUGCCACCAACGACACCGUCAACGAAUUCUUCGCCGGCUGCGAGAUCAUCAGUGUCCGCAUCAUUGAGGACCGUGAGCAGAUGCGCCCCAAGGGGUUUGCCUAUGCCGAGUUCGCCACUCUCGACGGUCUGAAGAAGGCCCUUGAGCUCGACGGCGAGAACUUCCAGGGCCGUACCAUCCGCGUCAAGAUUGCCGAUCCCCCUCGCAACGAUGGACGUGGCGGCGAUUCCAACCGUGACCUGAGCGACUGGUCGCGCAAGGGUCCUCUGGCCGACCUUCCCGGUCGUGGUGGAAACGAUCGUGGUGGUGACUUUGGAGAGCGCCGUGGUCCUCGCGAGCCUCGUGAACCUCGCGAGUUCGCCCCUGACGAUGGCAAGGUUCGCGACUUUGGCAACUGGGAGCGCAAGGGCCCCCUGGCUCCUGCACCACAGCCGGAGCGCUCUGCUCCCCGCGAGGGAAGCCACUCUGGAGAGGCUGGUCUCGGACCCCGUUCCGAAUCCUACCGCGGUGGUGACCGCCGACAGUCUCCUGCCACUUGGGGUGAGGGCCAGAACCUCCCUCCCCGUCAGGAGGGUCAGCGUGCCCCUCGCCACGACAGCGUCGACCGCCCGGAGCGCGAGCCCCGCGAACCCACCGCUGCCGAGAAGGAUAACCAGUGGCGCGCCGGCAUGCGCCCCGACGCCUCCAAGGAGCAGUCUCGCGAUGGCAGCGAGGCCCCCGGCUCCCCCUCGGCUGCCCCCGCUGCGGCCGUCGCCCCCGCUGGCCGUCCGAAGCUCAACCUCGCCAAGAGGACUGUCUCUGAGGCUCCCGAGGUCCUUUCCCCUUCCGCCACCUCCGACGCCAAGGCCAGCCCCUUCGGUGCCGCACGACCUAUCGACACUGCUCAGCGCGAGCGCCUGAUCGAGGAGAAGAGGCUUCAGCAGCUCCAGGAGAAGCGCGAGGCCGACGAGAAGGCCAAGGAGGAGAAGCGCCUCGCGAAGGAGGCUGCUGCCAAGGAGGCCGCUGAGAAGGCUGAGGAGGAGGCUGUCAAUGCCAAUGAGGCGCAGACCGCCCCCGAAGAGGCAAAGGAGGCCCCGAAGGAGGGUGAGCAGGUUGACGCCGCUGCUGCCCCCUCUGAUGAAAAGAUCCCCAUCCGAUCCAAGGGACCCCGCGAGGGUGCGCCGCCCAUCAAGACCCGCCCCUCCGAUGGCGGUAACUGGAGGUCGGCCUCCAGCGAUCUUAAGUCGCCUCGCGGACCUCCAACCGGACCCCGCCGUGGAGGCGGUGCCCCUGCUCGCGGCGCUCGCAAUGAAGGCCCCCGCCCUCCACGAGCCAACGGCUCUCCCUCGAACCGUGGUCCUGCAAGCCCCGACGCUGCUGAGGCUCCCGCUGUCGAUGCCGACGGCUGGACCACUGUUGCGCCUGUCAGCAAGGGUCGUCGUGGCGGACGUGCCUAG